AUGGCGUGGGGACGCAAAUCAUCCAUCGCGGCCGCGCACCAGCAAUCUACUGUCGACAGCGAGAAGCUGCCAUACGAGUACGAGCAAUAUGAAUCAGAAUCGCCCAUCGCUGAGGCGGGCCACCUCGCAGAUCCAGCAGACGAGGAUCACAGUCUGCAGCGUGGCCUUAAAGCUCGACAGGUCACCAUGAUUGCCAUUGGAGGAGCAAUAGGGACCGGGCUCAUCAUUGGAACAGGCUCAGCCCUUGCAAAUACUGGCCCUGCUUCGAUUCUGAUCUCCUACACUAUCGUGGGUAUGCUGGUUUACGUCGUCAUGGCUGCGCUUGGAGAGAUGGCGACCUGGUUGCCUGCGGCUGGCGGUUUCGCUGUCUACGCUUCUCGUUUCGUUGACCCGGCUCUCGGUUUCUCAUUGGGAUACACGUAUUGGUUCAAAUACAUCAUCACAACGCCAAAUCAGUUGACCGCCGGUGCACUGGUCAUUUCGUACUGGAUCGAUCGAGAUCGUGUGAAUCCUGGAGUCUGGAUCACCAUCUUCCUCGUUGCAAUCGUUGCUAUAAACUUUCUGGGAAUCAAAGUGCGUCAACUUAGCGCCAUACAAGUCGGACGAGCUGCUGACGAUUGCUAGUACUUUGGAGAGCUUGAAUUCUGGCUGAGCUCUGUCAAGGUCUUGGUCAUUAUCGGACUGAUCAUUCUCACUCUAGUGCUUGCGCUCGGGGGAGGACCAAAUGGCGACCGAACCGGCUUUAGAUACUGGAACAACCCGGGUGCUUUCAAGGAGUUCGUAGGCCAUGGAGCUGUCGGACGCUUCACUGCUGUCUGGCAGAGUAUGGUCACCGCCGUGUUCGCUUUCCUUGGCACGGAGCUUGUCGGUGUCACUGUUGGUAUGUAGACCUGUGUAUGGGCAGAGUAUGCCGGGCUAACUUGGUGCAGGCGAGGCUCAAAAUCCCCGCAAGAACAUCCCACGAGCCAUCAAGCUUACGUUCUGGCGCAUCGCUGUCUUUUACAUUAUUUCUGUGCUCCUCCUAGGAAUGGUGGUACCGUACAACAGCGACGAGCUUGUCUUCGCUACCAAGUCGAGCACCUCCGCCGCUGCUUCACCUGUAUGUACACUUGCAAGGAUUAUGCUGAAAGUGUCAGCUAACAACGUGCAGUUUGUCGUCGCAAUCAAAAUCGCAGGUAUUGGAGGUCUUCCUGGCUUUCUCAACGCUUGUAUCCUCAUCUUCGUCUUCAGCGCAGCAAAUUCCGAUCUUUACAUCGCUUCGCGCACGCUGCACGGUCUGGCCUUGAAGAAUCAUGCUCCGAAGAUCCUCGCCACUACCAACAAACGAGGAGUACCAUUCUACGCCCUCGGUCUCUCGGCCUCAAUCUGCUGCAUCGCCUUUAUGAACGUGUCCACGUCUUCCACGACAGUCUUCGGCUACUUCGUGAACCUGGUGUCGAUUUUCGGGCUCCUCACCUGGAUCUCUAUCCUGGUCUCGCACAUCUACUUCGUUAAGGCUAGAAGGGCACAGGGUGUCCCAGACGACAGCAGUCAACUGCGCUACAAGUCUCCUUUCGGCUUAUGGGGGUCUUACGUCGCACUUGUGUUCUGUUGCCUUAUUGCAUUGACCAAGAACUUCACCGUCUUUGUGCCGAAGCCUUCGACAUAUGGCAAUUUUGACUACAAGAACUUCAUUGUAAGGUCUGGCAAUCAUCUGAUGUUGACACAUGCUGACUUGAUGCACAGACCGGAUACCUUGGCAUUCCUCUUUAUCUAAUCAUGAUUGUGGGAUACAAGUUCCUCAGGAAGACACACCAAGUCAAGCCUGAAGAGGCUGACCUGUGGUCAGGCAAAGACGUCAUUGAUGCCGACGAGCAGGAAUGGAUUGCCAAGGAAGCGGCAGACAAGGCGAAUGGUCGUGGCAAACGUGGGCUCUACGAUCGUACGCUUGGGUACAUUUUCUAG